GAUCAUUGCCGUAAUCGUCGCCGGCGCGUCAUCGUCGUCGCGGUGGAGGUGGUGGUCCGUUUUUUUCGCGUCUCCUUCGCCUCCCCGGGGGCCAAGUAGUCACAUUGGUUAUUGACACACCGCCAACAUGGCGGUGAAGUGGAAAAAGACGGGCUUGUGCGGCCAGCGCGCGUCGUGAUCUCGUUCUUUGGGCGGUGAGAAUUUUCCCAGGUAAUUUUCUCGUGAGCGACGCGAGUCCCUCCUUCGGCGGCGGGAGUCGGAGGGAGAGAGAGAAACGCUGCGAAGUCGAGAACCGGAAGGAAAGGCAGGUGUCGAGGCGCGUUUGAGAGUUGCGUGAAUAUUCGAAAUGUGACGGUGUACUAUUCGGGAAAAUAACGCGCACUAGUGUCGCUUCACCAGAGAGCCCGUCUCCCCCGAUGUCUCCGGAAAGAUAAGAAAUGAAACGAGAAGUAAGAAGCGCGCAUCUCUCGUUCAUUUAAACUGAAACCUGUUAACGGCAGCUAUAACCAUGAUGCCAAGUUUACGGAAGAAAGUUGCCGGCUUCAUGCGCCAACUGUCUAUCAGUAAUUUGGCCGGGGCUGUGGAGAAUAUCGGUCAUGGAGAGCAGUCGCUUAGAAGCCCACGAUCAUUGACACAGGAUUUUCCUGGUGGCUGUUUCAUCACGCGCUAUCUCAGCGGGCUAGAAACGAAACAAGAAGGACCGGCGAUUCUGCACGGCAGAAAUCCGGAAGAACUGCCGGUCAAACAACUCGACAGCUUUCAAGAGAACGAGGAGAUAUUCGCAGCCUAUACUGGUCCCGAUAGUGGUCUUACGGCGGUCAAUCUUCAGCAAAAGCACUUAAGUAUUAGCGAUACCGAUAUUGAUUACAUUGACAUGCUAGAUCAGAAUGAGCAGUAUAGAAGCGGUGAGUCGGAGGGAAUAACGACCUUUAUCGAUGAGAGCCAUCCGGGUCGUCUCGUGCGAGACCAACGACGCGCGAUUUCUCUUCCAGGAUCAACAACGUCGAACGUUACGAUCGCCGGAGUCGCCGAUUGGUGUAAUCCCCACGAAAACGCCUACGGAAUUGCAACGACGCUUUACGAGAAGAAUCCUACGAACGACACCAACAAUGGGGAACCGAUAGCCGACUGCUUCGGCAUCGUAGCGAGACCGAACUCCGCCAUACUGGCUCUCGCGGACGGUGUCAAUUGGGGCACAAAAGCGAGUAUAGCUGCCAGAUCCGCGGUUCACGGCAGCAUAGAAUACCUGAACCGCGCGCUAUUCUGUCCGUCUAUCAGUAGCGAAACCACAACGACUAGGGACGUGUUCAUAGCGUUACUGCGAUCAUUCCAUGCCGCGCAUUCGUUGAUCCUCCAGGAACAAGGAAUGCUCACUACCUUAACAGUAUGCACAAUCCUUCCACUGCCAAGCUCAAGUACUGAUACGAAUAUCUGUCACAAAAAGUAUAUUGCUUGUACCUGCAACGUUGGCGAUAGUCUGGCUUACGUCUAUUCGAGGAAAUCCGGCGUGCGGGAGAUAACGCGAGGAUCUCACGAUAUUCACUGUAUGCGAGAUAUGAGAGAUGCCUUAGGAGCCUUAGGCCCGGUAGACGGCUCUAACCCGGAGUUGAACAACUUAACGUUGGCCAUAACGGAGGUUGAGAGAGGCGACAUAGUAUUUUUGACGAGCGACGGCAUCUCCGAUAAUUUCGACCCCGUGGUGGGAAAGUUCGCGGUGUUACCGAGCCACAGUAGCGGCGCCGACGCCACGCUGAAGAGCCACGACGCGAGGUCAAAGACGCGCCGAAAAUCCGCGGAGAACCUGCGUCACACCGAGUCCAGCAACAGCAACGGCAAUAGCAACAACUUGCCGGUGGUCGAGGCUUAUCAGAGGCAUGAGCUCACACUGCUCAGGAUGGAGGACUUGCUGAGACGCGGGGUUUCCGGUGAAGGCCCGCCGUGCAAUAGUGCCAAGCAUCUAUGUGAACUUCUGUUGGAUUUUGCGGUACGCAUAACCGCCGCAAAGAGACGGAUCCUAGAAGACACGGAAUUGUAUUACGCGCAACAUAAAGACGGCCAAUUGGUGCAGCUCUCCAAGCAGGAACAGAGAUCUCGGCGAAAAAAGACACUGGAGAAGAUCUCCAUGAUACCUGGCAAGUUAGACCACGCGACGGUCGUAGCUUACGUAGUCGGAUCCUAAAUUGCGUCGGAGCGUAACUUGUAAUUACUCCCCACUGAUAUAGAGUAUAGUUUUCAUUUGUACGAUAAUUAAUAAAUCGAACUUUCUACACUA